AUGUUUCCCCUGUAUUGUUCCUCAGAUGAUAAAAUUAGAGGUUUUGCUUUAGAAAAGGCAUCCUUGUUUAAAGAGAUCAAAGCCCUAAAGAGUGAACUGGAAGACCAUCAAUUUAGUGCCAAAAAAGGAGAACUCUUAGCUAAUGUGCCUCAAAUCAAUGGACCGGAAAUGCAACUGUAUGAAGUUCAACCAAGUUUACUGGAAGGUGAAGCAAGUAAACAAAUACAUGAUUACAAAUUUAAAUUACAAAAAGCUGAACAAGAUAUAGCCACAUUAGAGGGAAUGGUAACUAGGUUAGAAACUCAAGUCAAAAGAUACAAAACAGAUGCAGAGAGAGCAGAGGGAAUGGAAGAUGAACUAAAACAAGAAAAAAGAAAACUACAAAAAGAGCUACGUGAAGCUUUAACUCAGAUUGAAGAAUUGCAGAACCAAAACAAACACUUAACAACUAGAUUGGAGCGUAUUAAACAGACAAGAACAGCAUUGGGCAUUCAAUGA